UGCCAGCUGUGCGGGGAGCCCAGAUAAAACAGCCUGGAAAGUACUUAUGGGACAAAGAACCGCUGCUUCACACUCCAUCCACUCAGGCAGGUUUGAAACCACUCAGCCAGCGUCCUGCCAGCUGCGGUCUGCUUGCUCUUCUAUAUCACAAUAACUCAUCUUAUCUACGCGGGGCCUCCAUAAUGAUGAACCAACUCUUACUGACCUUGCUGUGCAUGUCGGCGCUGAGCGGUGCCCGGUCAGACUCUGGCAAGCCUGUUAUCCAGUUACGGCUUGCGGGGGAGAAGAGGAAACACUACGAGGGCCGACUAGAAGUUUUCUACAACGGAGAGUGGGGGACAGUGUGCGAUGAUGACUUCUCCAUCUCUGCUGCACAAGUGGUGUGCAGGGAGCUGGGCUUCAUGGAUGCUGCGUCCUGGUCUCCCUCAGCCAAGUUUGGGAGAGGGGAAGGUCGAAUUUGGCUUGACAACGUGCACUGCACUGGUGCAGAGAAGAGCCUCGCUCAGUGCAAGUCAAACGGUUUUGGAGUGUCUGACUGCAAACAUUCAGAAGAUGUUGGGGUGGUGUGCUCCCAGAAACGCAUUCCAGGCUUCAAGUUCAUCAGAAACCAAGCCAUCAGUGCAGAGGGUUUGACGGUGCAGGUGGAGGAUGUGAGGAUCAGGGCCACCUACUCUCACAGAAAAAAGAUCCCCAUCACUGAGGGCUUCGUGGAGGUGAAAGAUGGAGGCAAAUGGAGACAGAUCUGCGAUGAGGAGUGGAGUGAGAUGAACAGCAGAGUCAUCUGUGGCAUGUAUGGUUUUCCCAGUGAGAAACCUUUCAACCUACGACCCUACAAACUGUUGGCCAAACGCCGUAAGAAGAACUACUGGGGCUUCUCUGUCAACUGCACAGGCAACGAGUCCAACCUGUCAGACUGCAAACUGGGCAAAGAGAUACAGCUUAAAGGCAACAACACGUGUCGGCGGGGCAUGCCUGCUGUGAUCAGCUGUGUACCUGGACGGGCCUUUGCUCCCAGCGUCAGCAUGGGUUUCAGAAAGGCCUACAGGAUGGAGCAACCCUUGGUACGUCUAAGAGGUGGAGCUAUGAUAGGCGAGGGUCGAGUGGAGGUGCUGAAGAAUGGAGAGUGGGGAACCGUUUGUGAUGAUAACUGGAACAUCAGAGCGGCCACCGUGGUGUGUCGAGAGCUCGGCUUUGGCAGCGCCAAAGAGGCCCUAUCUGGAGGCAGAAUGGGUCAAGGGGUUGGGUCUGUCCACAUGAACGAGGUGGAAUGCUCUGGGUUUGAAAAGUCUCUGACUGAAUGUUACUUCAACCGUGAGUCUGUGGGCUGCAGCCAUGAGGAAGAUGCUGCAGUCAGGUGUAAUGUUCCUGCAAUGGGCUUCAACAGCCGCCUUCGGUUAGGCGGCGGCCGUAACCCCUAUGAGGGCCGUGUGGAAGUCCUGGCAGAGAGAAACGGCUCUCUGGUGUGGGGCACAGUGUGCAGCGACAGCUGGGGAACCAUGGAGGCGAUGGUGGUGUGCAGACAGCUGGGGCUGGGCUUUGCCAGCCAUGCUUUCCAGGAGACCUGGUACUGGCAGGGAGAUGCAUCAGCUGACUCUGUGGUGAUGAGCGGAGUGAGAUGUUCAGGAACCGAGCUGACUCUGGAUCAAUGUCUGCAUCAUGGCAAGCACGUUAGCUGCCUGAAAGGAAGUGGACGCUUUGCUGCUGGAGUGUCUUGCACUCAGACGGCCCCAGACCUGGUCCUUAGUGCUCAGGUGGUGGAGCAGACCACGUACCUGGAGGACAGGCCCAUGUACGCUCUGCAGUGUGCCCAUGAAGAACGCUGUCUGUCCAGCACUGCCGACAAAGCCGACCCAAACUCCUACCGCCGCCUGCUACGCUUCUCCUCCCAGAUCCAGAACAACGGCUUGUCAGAUUUCAGACCCCGGGCGUCGCCUCAUUCCUGGAUCUGGCACGAGUGUCACAGACACUACCACAGUAUGGAAGUUUUCACCCACUAUGACUUGCUGAGUCUGAACGGGACUAAAGUAGCAGAGGGACAUAAAGCCAGCUUCUGUCUGGAGGACACCCACUGUGAUGAGGGUAUACAGAAGAGGUACGAAUGUGCCAACUUUGGGUCUCAAGGCAUCACAGUUGGCUGCUGGGACACCUACAGGCACGACAUAGACUGUCAGUGGAUCGACAUCACAGAUGUGAAGCCAGGAGAUUACUUCUUACAGGUCGCGAUAAACCCGAACUAUGAGGUUGCAGAAUCCGAUUACACCAACAAUAUUAUGAAGUGUCGCUCUCGCUACGAUGGACACCGGAUAUGGACCUACAACUGUCAUAUAGGUGGCACAUUAAGUUCAGACGUAGAGGACACAUUUCCCGGAUUGCUGACCAACCAGCUUUCACACAGGUAGACCAGAGCAGGACGCCUCACAAGGAUGGCACCAGGAAAGCAUUUGACAACCACUAGAGGGAGCUGUGUCACGUAGCCUCCUUGGAGCAGUGCUGGAUUGUUGUUGUGCUCAGGGUUCAGCUGGUGCAAUAAACAAUGACUCAAUAGGAAAACAAACUGCAUUUACCCUGUUCAGUUUUACAAAACUGUGUUUUUGUGUCUCUUGCUGUUUUUGUGUCAUUUUGACCUGGUGCUCAUGAUGCAAUAAGGAUUACAGCCACGUAACUUGUUAAACCAAGUGUGGCGAUGAGUGCAUUGGAAACCAAAGCUUUAAAAUGUGUAGAGAGCGCAUCAAACCAAAACUCAGACAACAUCAUGUUCCUUAGUAGGGUAGUACUUCAUUUGCAUGGAUUCAAGGUGCCCGCUGCCAGAUCUGGUGUUUUAACUUGUCAUAAUCUCGCACUGUAAGUUUAUCCGAAACAGCUGUGAUGAAAAGCGGCUGUAUAAAUCAGAUUUGUCCCAAAUGUUUCGGACAGUGCAGAAAUGAUCUAAACACACAAAACAAAUGUAAUUCACUACAGAGUGACAUGCCAAAGCCUCUGGCAAGGAAGCACCAGAAAAGACAACUCCUGUUGUCAGGAUUGGAUUUAACUAGCUACAAAUUGUGACAAAUGGUAUCCACUGCUAAAUGACAAGGAAAUAAAGUAAAAAUUUAUAUUUUUUGGAGGUGCUGCAUGCAACAGAUGCCAAAUGUUGUCUGGAAUGAGUUCCUGUAGUGUUGGUCAAUGUCUGUGAUGGAUUUUCAGUCAUAAAUUUAAGCUAGAAUAUAAGAGAAACCAAGAAGCUUUUUUGAAUUCACCAAAUACACACAUAUUUGUGCUCUAUACCUCCCAUCUGCCUGUUUUUGAAAUGUCUUAUUAAACUCUAUCCAUCAGGGACUUUGGUAACAUUGUGAAAAUGUCUCGUUAUGAAUUUGUAAAUGAUUUUGAAUGUAGAAAUGUAACAAUCCUUCAUUUUACAAGGAUACGUUUCAGUUGCUGAUUGUUUUAAUAUAUUACAGUGAAUGUGGAAACGCAUUAAAAAUUUUAAUAAAACAUGUUGAAAGUA